CCCAGGGCCGCGCCGCCGCCGCCGCCGCCGCCGCGGGCCGGGUUCCCAGCGCCGCCCCAGCCAUGAAGAUGCAUUUCUGCAUCCCGGUGUCCCAGCAGCGGCCCGACGCGCUGGGGGGCCGCUACGUGCUGUAUUCCGUGUACCUGGACGGGUUUCUGUUCUGCAAGGUGCGUUACAGCCAGCUGCAUCGUUGGAAUGAACAGCUGAAGCGGGUGUUUGGAAAUUGCCUGCCACCCUUUCCACCAAAGUACUAUCUUGCAAUGAGCACAUCUAUGGCUGAUGAGAGAAGGGACCAGUUAGAACAAUAUUUGCAAAAUGUAACCGUGGACCCAAACAUGUUGAGAAGUGAUGUCUUCGUUGAUUUUUUAAAACUGGUGCAGCUGGACACAUUCAGCAUCACCACCAAGAAAGAAUCUCUGGAUAUAUUUCUGCCCGAUGGAAGGAACAUUAAAGUUGAAAUUCUAACAUCAGAUACUGCCGAAAGAGUCCUGGAGGUGGUGUCACACAACAUUGGACUGUGUCAGGAGCUGCUGGACUGCUUCGGCCUAUUUCUCAUUCAGUUUUGCAAAGAGGGCAGGCUGUCUGUCGUGAAAAAAUUGGCAGACUUUGAACUCCCAUAUGUUAGCCUUCGAAGUUCUGAAGUGGAAAACUGCAAGGUUGGACUCAGGAAGUGGUACCUGGACCCAUCCCUCGAUGCCAGGCUGAUGGACUGCAGAGCAGCUGUAGAUCUGAUCUACAUGCAGGCAAUACAGGACAUUAAAAAAGAAUGGGCCAAACCCACGGAGGUGCAGAGGCAGAAAUUAGAGGCUCUCCAGAAAGAAGACAACAGAACAGAGUUUUUAGAGCUCGCCCGGGAGGUCCGGCACUAUGGAUAUGUACAGCUGGAACCCUGCACCUGUGACCACCCAGAACCGGGCUGCCAGGCCCUUCUUUCCGUCGGCAAUAAUGAGAUCAGCUGCUGCAUAACCCUGCCUGAUAACCAGACCCUGGACGUCAUUUUCCAGAUGGACAGAGUGAAGUGCUGGCAGGUCACUUUCCUUGGGACUCUGCUGGAUACGGAUGGGCCACAGCAAACUCUCAACCAGAACUUAGAGCUCAGAUUUCAGUACUGUGAGGAUAGUCACUGGCGGUGGUUUGUUAUUUACACCAAACAGGCUUUUUUGCUAAGUAGCUGCUUGAAAAAGAUGAUCUCAGAAAAGAUGGUAAAGCAAGCUGCAGAGAACCCAGAAAUGCAGAUUGAAGUUCCAGAACAAGGCAAAAGUAAAAAAUACCACAUUCAACAAAACCAGAAAGACUAUUCUAGUUUUCUGCCAAGAAAAAGCAAGAUUAAGAUAGCUGAAGUUGACUGUGGUUUUGGGACCAUAAAGGAAGAAGAUCUUUGAAGACAAAGUCUAACUUCUUAAAAUGGUCUUAAAGGUGAUCUUGACCAUGAAAGGGCUUGAGAGUUGAAAGUGGGCUUCCUACCACCAAUGGAAGAAAUGUGAGCCUUCCCAUUUUUUUCCUGGAUGGACCAUAUUCAUCAAGACUACUUCAGAACUCUCUUUAUCUCAAGAUUAAAAGAAAAUGCAAACCAAAGUUAUACAGUUUGUAUUUAAUGAGUUAUAAAUGACAAAUGGUGAAUCUGAAACAAUUAGUACAAACCCCGUGCUUUUUUCUUCCCCUAAAAUAUAUAUUGACCUGGCUUCAUGAAGCCUUUUAUAUGUUCUGAUAUUGCAUGAAUGAAAGACCUAAUCUAAAACACUACAAAUGCACUUGGGGUUAAGAUCUGAAGACAUGACUCAUCAGCUGUGGCUCUAAGAAAUGGAAUAAUUGAAAAAGAAAUCUGGACUUCACUGAUCCGUCCACAGCAUCAGAACAAGAAGGUGAUGAAAUGCCAAUUUGUUUUCUUAUAUAACUCUGAGCCUACCAAUAAGGAUGUACUCAAAGUAAUAGGCUGCCCCAUUCUCUGUUUCUCCACAGUUGCAGUUGCAUUCUGUCCUUAGUAUACUGAGUUCAAUUCAACAGUCAUGACGCUAUUUUGGAUACUUUUAUUUUGGAAACCAAGGGGACCCUUCACUCAAUAUCAAAUAUCUUAGCUUUA